GCCGUGAGCAGUGCAACCCAUCGCUCCUCUGUGUGUGUACGGUCACGCUUCUGAGUUUUCAGACCAGCUGCAGGACCACAAGUUCUUGUGGGGUGUCUGUGAGACAAAGAGCUUUUGGGGAAAGGUAGUCUUUUGGAACUUUAAGAAAAGGUCUGCUGCAAAAGACCUAAAGAUCGUGCGUGUGUUUCCGUUCGGGAAGUUUAAGAUCAACUUGGACCAGACGUGUGUAUGUGUAUGGGUGAGUGUGUAUGUGUGUGUGUGUGUGUGUGAGUUGGGGGACUUAAAUCUGGCUUAUUCAAAAGACUUGAAACUCUUGUGUGUGUCUGUGUACGUCUGUGUUUGGACAAGGGGUUCACCAUACCCUCACAGGCCGUCCCGGUGUAUUGUCUUAGUAGAAAGACCAAGACUUACCAGACCAAAUACCAACAAGUUCCUCGAUCCGACAUUAAUGUGACCAUUAAGUCACAACAAGUCAAAGUUAAACUGAAGAUUUUCCGAACCUUAACAAUUUUACAAAUUUAAUCCCGACAUUCUCGGAAAUUCGACAUAAAGUGGCCAGACCUUAAAAUUAUUAGCGAAACCAGAAAACCCAGAUCAAAAUUCACUCCUACGUGUUUACGACAUAAAGGAUCUUUGGUGUCAGAGAAGGAUUCAGCUGCAAAAGCUAUAAGAGCAACGAAGGACACGCCUCAAUCCCUCUUGUUGUCUCGGUCAAGGAUCCUCAACGGGAUUGAAUACCUUAUCAUCAUGGUGUUACAACAGCGUCAUGUUUAUCCAUGACACUGAUAAACUUGAAUGUGUUGUUGACACCUGGAUGGUACUAGUGCGCUUACCACAAGUUAGGCAGAAUAGCAACAUGUAAAAUCUGGGAAAAUUCAUAAAUUUAAUAUCUGUAAGUUGCGAUUAAAAUGAAAUUCUUGGUACCGGCGUUGUUAAGAAGUUUUAACAAUAGCAGAGGUGUGAGUUGGAAGCAAACUUUUAAGCCCAGUUACUGCCAAUAAUUAGUUUAAACAAAAGACCAUUUUAAAACUGUCAAUAACAGAAGAAUGUUCUACAGCAUCUAACACUAGAACAAACGUUAAAGACGAGCGGCCAAGAACAGCUCAUUCUAGACAAGUGAUCAAGGUUAGAGCCAACGUUCAAGUCAGGCGCACAAGACUAGAACAAACGUUCCGGUCGAACGAGUUUGACAUAAACAGACACUUAAAUGAAGAGAGCUAGACCACAAGAGACACUCCGAGUGAAGGAUUAACCGAACACUCAACACACUGCUCUGGAGUGUUUACACCUAUGUGUCGCUGGAGGGGCUAGCAAGAGAGACACACCUGCAGAAGAACGGACACCUCAGGCAGAAUCCCACAUAUAGAGACGCAUCUGGGGAGUAAACAAAUACUCUUCCAACACCAGAGGGCCGAAUACAAGUUCCCUAUCAACCCAAUUUUUCCGUCCAUCCGGGAAGAAUAAACACGAGAUUAGACACAUAUAUUAAGCGACACACGAAGAGAGAGAGAAGAAGAAGAAGAAAGGUAGAUGCAAACGGGAGAAAUAGGAAAGACAGUCUGAGCACACCGAUGUAAAAAGUAAUAAGCACGUAGAGACAAGCGAGAUAUAUAGCACACGACUCAGUGGAAGAACCACAGUUCUGUUAGUGAUAACACAAAGACAGCGUAGGAGGUGCAAGAGACAUAGGUGUGGAAUACACACAGAGGAACAACACUGAAAUAUCAAAAAAAGAAGGCGAGCCUGACAAAGGGAACUUACAAAAAGCGAAAGGGGUGAGUGCGUGAGUAAGCACGACGGCGUGUGUGCUCAAUAUAGGUAUAUCCGCCGCUACAGUCCUCCAAGGUAUGUAGAACGACUCUGGAUGACUGAUUACACCGUCAGCGCCGUCCACGUGAGUCUCUGUCUCGCCGCUCACACCACCGUCAGCGUCGCCUGCAGGACAUGACGCCAGUCUAGCCACCCCGCCCUCUGGAAACCUCUGAAUGCUUGAGGUACGAUCGCCAGUUUGACAUCGACUAGCAAGGCGUCUCACGCUGUGAACGAGACACUUGUGCUGAGGUUCAAAAUACAUGAAGUCAUAGAUUAAUCUUUAAUUUAACAGAAAAAAAAAGAUAUUUACAAUAGCUGUGAAGAUUUUAGAAAGAAAACAACAUCACCGAAAUGUUGGCGAAGCUUUGGUUAAUGUUUGUGGUUGCCUGUAUUUGCCUGCACGCAGGCACUCAAGCGACAGCUGCGCCACCAGCAGCAGCAGCAACAACAACAAAGAAAGAUGUCCUUUUGACCCAGUUGUUGAGAGCUCUUGAACUGUAUAACGGGAAGGGCGCCGCCCAGGCUGCCAAGAACCUACUGAGUACCGCCCAGGGCUACUCCGCUGACAAGGGCAUGAGGCUGGUACCCAGUUCUCUACCUGACGAGCAGAACAUCAAGGACAUGGCCGUGUUGGUGUAUUUGUCGUCUUCCAAGCGGCGGGGCAAGAAUGGACCUUUGAAGCCUGAAGUUCGAAUCGACUACGUCCCCAAGGAACUGGUCUUCGGUAAGACCACGAACUCGAGCGCCAAAUAUACCCCAGUGCAGUACUUCGCUGUCAAGAAAGCAAAGUUGGCAAAGCACAAGGAAGGGAAUAUGGGUCAGGAUGCUCAUCGAGGGGAAGAAAGCGUUCCUCUGAGUGUUUGGCCCCCCGGGGAAUCAAUUAACGAGGCUAAACGUCGGAACCACCGCCUCCGCAACUCUGCUCACUCUGGGGACACCCUACUUGCACGCCCAAAACGCUCACUCUGGUCUUCCUAUGAACGGCACCAGGAACGGCCGUUGACAGAGACCGCAGUACAACUCGGCGACGUCCCACGCCGGAAGUACUACAGGGCAUUUAGUCUCCAUCGUCGCCACGGACCGGAAGCAGACAGUAGGAAAGCCCUAAUCGAGGAGGAAAGCGCCGUCACCUCGCGACAGUUUGGGUUCAUCGGCACCGCAGCAACUGGUCUGUUGUCUCAGGUGCAGUUUGCCCUGGCCAACCCAGCGGUCCUGGUGGCCGUUAUCAUCCUGAACGUAAGUCGAAGAAAUAUCGUUGGGGGUAAGGUGGUUCCUCUGAGCCAUCUUCAGUGGCUUAGCUCUUCAAUCUUUAUCUUCUUGAGAGGGAGAGGCGAGGAGUUUCAGAUGGAUCAUCUUCUCAUCUUCCAUCUUCCUCAUCUUCUUCAUCUUCUGUAUCGUCGUUUGAGCUUUGGAGCCAUUCCGCCCAUCUUCGCUGCUGCCCAGGUCGACGACUUCGACUUGGAGAACUCGACGGAUACUCCGACAACAACAGACAUCACCGACACAACAGAUGCAACAGAUACAACAGAUGUGACAGACGGGGAAUCAACGGGAUCGACGGAGUCUCCGCUUCAAGGAGAAGCAGGAGACCCGACCGACCCAACAGUGGCGCCUGACGGGGAAACGACUUUAUCCCCGGAGGGAGAAAUGACGGAGCCGACGGAACCGACGGAACCGACGGAACCGACGGAACCGACGGAAUCGACGGAACCGCCGGUCACCGCUACCGAACAGACUCCUGAAGACAUGUCCCCCGAUGCGGAAACUUCCACGGUUCCGGCGGAGGAUACGACGGAGACGCCCACCGAAGAGCCCACGACGGUACCCGAAGGCUCGGACAACCUCGCUGAAGCUACCUUCGCUACUUUCCCAGACUUCGCCUCAGCCAGGCCGUCCUCCACAACGGAUACACUACUCGGAGGUGUUGUGGCAGUGGACGCUAACAUCUGGGACAUCUUGGCAAAUCUGUCCUCGGCUAGCCCCGAGAGUUCGACGCCCAUGCCCGGUCAGUCGAUCUUGCCGCACCUACCGCCCAUCCCCGUGCCCCGGCCCACUACCGAACACAGCAGUCUACCCAUCCCCUGGCCUGAACUGACCACUGACUCGUCCUCCCAGGCUGGAAACCUUCCGGAAACCACUGUAGCUCCCAACUACUCCCUGCUGCACGCCUGCCUUGUCCUUGGUGGUGACGUGAAGUCUUGCGUCGCUCAGGCUGAGGUGUACGGCCAACUGUUGCAACAGGACGACCAAGGGUCGCUCCAGAAGCCCACGUCAGAAGAUUCGACGCCUUCAGGUAUCGAAGUCAUUCAGCAGAUCCACCCGUUCGCCGAAAUCCUGGACAAGACGCCGCCCUCGUCGCUGAAUCAGAUCAACAACCAGCCAGAAGAUCCGCGUCCCUCAGAUAUCCUGGGAGUCCUGUCGCAGGUUCAGGCCAUCCAGGAGUCCUUUGCCAACUCGCAACUGUUCCACAAACCGCCGGAGAACACGGUGACCUCAGUCGUUCACAGGAUACAGGAAAACACGACUAAGGACCUUGAUGGCCUCUACCCUCACGCCGAAGUCAUCCAGAGCCAUUUUUACGAACUACCGCAAGACAGCAACAGGGACAACGAACACGCUGAAUUAGUUCCCGUCUUCCCAGACGACGUUGAGACAGUGGAGGAGAAGCCGCCGCAGACGCACAACUCCAUAGACCUGACGGUGAGACCUACAUCGGAGGAGAGCAUUACGAACUCUAUCGUAGUGGAGGCGGAGUCUCCAGAACCUCCCAUCAGCCUCAUAACUAAUGCCGGUAUUCUGGAGGUCCAGGAGAAAACCCCGGCAUUUAGACCUCUUGUUCAUCGACCUUCUUCUCCUCUUGAUUCCGAAGGAGUGGAAGAUGAGGAGGAGACACAGAGUGAGGAAAGUAAUCUCGUCCUCACUGAGGAAGCCACUCAGCGCUCCUAUAUUGAAGAAUCUCGUCUAGAGGAGCACCAGGUGGUAAACACCGUGUCAUCCAAUGACCAAGUGGAGAUGACACUCUUUCUGGUCUCCACUCCUUCUCCAGACCAGAAGAACGAAGCAGAGCCGAAGGAGGAUGAGGAUCCAACACCCCCACAAGACCCAGCCAAAUUAAGAAGUCCCAGUGGCGCUAGUGACGAAGGUGGGACCGCCAAAGACCCACUGGCGGAAAUCGAAGAUAGUAUAUUCGACCAGGAGGAGGACACGGAAAUGAUACGUAAAGACCCACGAGCUCAGCUUAUAAAGAGACUCUACCCUCACGCUCAGAUUCUCCCCAACAAACCCAGAAGACACACAUCACAAGGAGCUUAGCCAGAGAAUAUAUUCAGCACAGGUCCGAGAUAAACCGUAACAGUAGAUGGUAUGGGAAUACCAGUAAACUGUAAUUGAUCAAGUCACACACGAGUGCCUUUAUCACCUUCACAUUAUAUUAAUGGUACACAAUGCCGUAAAUUUAGCUGAUGAACUAGGCACAUGUGCAACACCUGGGUAUCUUGAUUUUUUUAAAAAAUAGCCAGAUGUUGCGUGUGUUUAAUUCAUUACAGAUCCUAGAAGAUAAUUACCACAAAAUUCAUUGUAUCCACAUGUCUGAAAGAAGACACGCUUGGAGCAAAGUUGAUAGUAACGAUAGGUCUUAAAGACGUGUAUACAAAUGGCUUAUUCACUCUUCAUAUAAUUGCAUUUUGUCUGGAGUUUCUUGUGCGCAUGGAGGAAUAUUUGCUCAGAAGUGAAUCUGAAGAAGCGAGACGAGUGUAGGGUGAGCUUUUCAAAUUUUUUCCCCAAAAUACGGCCGUAUCCCACCGAGGCAGGGUGACCUGGCGACCUGGUGUGACCUGGUGACCUGGUGUGACCUGGCGUGACCUGGUUUGACCUGGUUUGACCUGGUGUGACCUGGUGACCUGGUGUGACCUGGCGUGACCUGGUUUGACCUGGUGUGACCUGGUGACCUAACAAGAAAAACGAAAGUUUUUCUUUUAUUUUUUAUUACAUUGACAUAUUUAUUAUGUUCAUGGGGAAGCGCUAAGCCCGUAAGGAUAACACAGCUACUACAGGUGGUGGGGGGGGGCUACCUGGAGGUUAUUCCGGGGAUCAACGCCCCCGCGGCCCGGUCCAUGACCAGGCCUCCCGAUGGAUCAGGGCCUGAUCAACUAGGCUGUUACUGCUGGCCGCACGCAGUCCAACGUACGAGCCACAGCCCGGCUGAUCCGACACUGACUUUAGGUAUCUGUCCAGCUCUCUCUUGAAGGCAGAGAGGAAUGCUACAACAAACAGGUUUGAUCCAAUGAAGGGAAGGGUGAACUACAAUACCUUGAACCAAAAGCCCAAGUCCUGCAUCAAAACAAGCCCCCCCCUUUUUUUUUGGGAGGGGAGGAAAAACGUGUUUAGAAGAGUGAGGGAAACGUAGCAGCGCUGGAAACUACGACGACCCGCUGACAACAUCAGCGAGUGUGUGGAGUCGUGGUUAUAGC